AUGAACCUCCAGGAUCCACGGACUCUACGUGACAGUGGUGCAAUCACCCCUCCAGUCACACCGAUCAAAGCUUCGCACUCGAGAUCCAGCUCCAACGCAUCAGAUGUCUUGAAUGGCUCGUCAACCCUCCGCCAUGGAGACUUCAUCCCAUCGAGCACCAGCGAACGACCUCGCAAAGACAGUGCCGCUCCAUACCACCUGGCACAAAAGCCCAGCGGCACUGAGCUCAUCAGGUUUCCAUUCCACCUAUCCGACUAUGAAAUCCAAACGGACAAGAACGGCAGGAAACAGCCUAUCGGAUCAGGAGCAUGGAGUGACGUGUAUCUAGCAAAACCCGUCUUUUCGAAUCCAAUUGAUCAGAUUGAGAGCACAGUAUCACCUCCCAUGUCACCGAUGGACUUCAACAUACCCAGUCAGGAGGCAAACGAGCUCCCCUUCGCGCCGCCCCUCUACGCCAUCAAGAUCCCAGCAUCACGCUCUGCACGAAAGGUCUUGGGUGAAGAAGCCCGCAUCCUCUCCUACCUGUCCCAGCUCCCCGACGUAGACCACCACGUCGUCUCCUUCUACGGCCAGGACACGCGAACCGACGCACUAGUCCUAAAAGCCAUGGCCGGCACGCUGGAAGACUGGGUUCAAAAGCACCUCAACACGCUCCCGGAAGCAUCUCGAGCACAAGCACUUGCCGAUGUAUUCCCUACCCUCGCAUCAUCACUGCUCGACAGCCUCCGCUGGCUGCACUCGAAAUCAUGCACGCAUGCAGACGUCAAACCCGCAAAUAUCCUCCUCCCGGCCAUGGACCUCGCUCCCCGCCCCAUCUUCUCCGACUUCUCCUCCGCUAUCCUGACUGCUUUUCCCACUGAGCACGACGCCGCACAGCAGGGCGCGGGAACGUGGGACUACCUCGAUCCCAUCCUCCUCAGCACAGCUAAUCUCGCGACUGCGUCCGAGACGACGGAUCUCUGGUCCCUUGCCAUCACGCUGCUGUUUGUCGUCGUUGGCGCUUCGCCGUUCGACGCGCUCAGGGGGAAUAAGUUCCGCCUUCGCGAGAUGAUCAAGCAGGGUGAUCCGCUGGCGUGUCUUGCGUAUGGAGAUGAGGGGAUCAGAAAUAUGAUGAGGGUGAAGGGGCUGUCGCAGGCUAUGGGCUUCGAUGUGCUGAAGUGGUUUGGGAAGGUGUUGUGUAGGGAUGUGGGGAAGCGGGUGGAUAUGCGCCUGUGGAAGUUGGAGUUGGAUGGCGCGGUGGAGAUGUAG